GGGAGGGGGCGCUGGGGGUGAGCUGCCGGGCUGAGCUCACCUCGCCGGGCUCGCCUCGCCGGGCUGAGCUCGCCUUGACGGGCGGCACCGUCCCGAGUUCGCUUUUUUCUCCGCGGGAGGCAGGGAGGGACCCAUGGCUCCCGCUAGGAAAGGUGACCUGAGCUCGGAGGAGAAGGAUUUACUGGGAGUGAUCGCCACAGGAAACACCGAGGAGGCCGGAAGGCUACUGGGCAGCAAGAAUGUCCGCGUCAAUUGCUUGGAUGAGCAUGGCAUGACCCCUCUGAUGCAUGCUGCCUACAAAGGGAAAGUGGACAUGUGCAGGUUGCUCUUGCGACAUGGGGCUGAUGUUAACUGCAACGAACAUGAGCAUGGAUAUACUGCCUUGAUGUUUGCUGGGCUUUCAGGAAACAAAGAAAUCACCUGGAUGAUGUUAGAAGCUGGAGCAGACACUGAUGUUGUCAACUCUGUGGGAAGGACAGCAGCUCAGAUGGCUGCUUUCGUGGGUCAACAUGACUGUGUGACUGUCAUCAACAACUUCUUUCCACGUGAAAGGCUGGAUUACUACACUAAACCACAAGGCUUAGAUAAAGAACCAAAACUGCCAGUGAAAUUAGCUGGGCCUCUACAUAAAAUUAUUACUACUACUAACAUGCAUCCUGUUAAGAUUGUGUUACUGGUGAAAGAGAACCCUCUAUUGGCCGAAGUAGAAGCACUGCAGAAAUGUUACAGGGUUCUGGAUCUAAUUUGUGAGAAAUGUAUGAAGCAGAAGGAUAUGAAUGAAGUACUUGCUAUGAAAAUGCACUACAUCAGUUGCAUCUUCCAGAGAUGUAUUACUUUCUUAAAAGAGCGAGAGGAUAAACUAGAUGGAUUUAUCAAAAGUCUCUUGAAAGGGAGAGAGAAAGAUGGUUUCCCUGUGUAUCAAGAGAAGCUAAUUCGAGAAAGUAUCCGAAAGUUUCCUUACUGUGAAGCUACAUUGCUCCAGCAGCUUGUGAGAAGUAUUGCUCCUGUUGAAAUAGGUUCUGAUCCUACUGCUUUUUCUGUACUUACACAAGCUAUUACUGGCCAAGUGGGUUUUGUGGAUGCUGAAUUCUGUACAACUUGUGGGGGAAAAGGAGCAGACAAAAGAUGUUCAGUGUGUAAAAUGGUGAUGUACUGCGACCAGAACUGCCAGAAAAUACACUGGUUUACCCACAAGAAAGUCUGCAAGACCUUGAAGGAAAUUCAUGAGAAACAAGAAUUAGAAGCUGCCAAAGAAAAAAAGAAACAAGAAAAAACGCAAAAGAAAGAUGAAGUGCAACUAGUAGAGGGUAGUGGUGCAACUGAAGAACAGUCAGAUCCUGAUCUGGAAGCUACCAAAGAAAUGGAUCCAAGUCAUGCAACUGACCAAACAGAAAAACCUGAAUUUACCAAAGAGACAGAGGCACAGGCUCUGCAUCCUGAAAAUCCACUGGAGAGUGCAACUGGCUUAGCUGACAUUGCUCUUCAAAAAAUUCAAGAUCCUGAGGAGUAAGAGGUUAAGGAAGGGACUAAGUUCUGGCUACGUCUCUGUACCUCAAUCCUAUAGAGAUUUUUAUUCUGACGAUGUCUUGAGUUCUUCUAUGGCAUAUGCAAAAGUCCCUUUGAAAGACAGCAUGUGUCUGUCCAUCAACAGAUGAAAUAUUGGCUGAUUUGUCUAUAUUUCAGGUUCUGUUCUAGAUUGUGAAAAUAGGUAUUUAUUAUCUUAUAAAAACUAGAGUGGCGUAGAUACAUCUGUACGUAUACCAACAGUAAAUAUAGUAAAAAUCUGAGUAUCUGUGGUUAAUCAGCCACUUAGUGAAAAAUAAAAAGCAUUUUAUCAGGAUUAUUCAUGUUUUCAGAGACUGAAAUGUAUUUUAUUUGUAAUUAAAAUAUUUUUUUCCUGCAAGUACCCAGAACUGCAGUUAAAAGCACUGAGAAGCCAACAGCUAGAUAUUUUUUUACACUGCUUUAUGAAGUGUUAUCAGAAGGGAUUCAAUUUGUGAAGAUGCUCCUCUGAAUUCUCAGCUUUUCCUGACACAACUAUAAAAAAUUUUGACUAGUGAGUGACACAACAAUAGUGUCUAUUUUGUGGGAAUUUUAUUAGAUGAUGCUGCUGUUUCAGACGUCUCAAGUUGACUGUGGAAUGUGUGUUUUAACAGAGUUAUUUCACUAUUGAUUUAGUCAGAAAUAUUCAAAGUUUAUCAAAGCCUAAUGAUAGAUCAGAAUGACUUAAAGUAUUUUGACUGACAAGAAUAAUGUGCCUUAGAGCACACUGGGGUAAUUCUUAUUAAUUAUUUCAUAAACAUAAACAAUAUCAAGCAUCUUUUAUGGUGAACCUGGUCACAGUGAAUUAGAAGGGAAGAUUCACAUGUGGAUUGAUACAGCUGAAGUUUCACUUAGGCUUUCAAUUCAAUACCAUAAAAACAGCUUCCCUGAACCAUGCUGGUUUCACUCAGAUUAGUACUGUAUCUCAUGAAAUCGAUCGGAAUGCCACAACCAAAAUCACCACUUGCUGCAUCAGGAUGAUAAAAGCUGAGGAUGACAAAAGCUGAGAUUCCCUAGUUGUGGAUGAGUAACUGGUGUUUUGAACGUGGCAGUAUCCCUCAGCUUAGAGGAAUUAGGACCAUCCUCAAAGCAGGAAAAAUGCUACUAAUUUUUUACUUUUUAAUAUAUUGGAAGUUUUUGUUUAAUAUUCUGAAAACUGUAAGAAGGAGGAUAUACAAAUGUACCUGUGCAGGGAAUGCACCUGUGUUUUAAUGUCAAGGAUUAGCAAAUUGUGAAAAAUAAAGGGAAUUUUUUUUAAAAGGGA